AACUUUAUCAGCUAAAAAACUUGGCAACUCUUUUACGCAAAAAGCAAAGAGAAAGAAAAUCAAUUCAAUUUGACACUUUUUUAACACGACUCAAGUCGAUAAUGUAGUUUAAAUGAAAUGUUAUAAGAAGUUUGCUGACGGUGACUAAUGAAAAGGCUAUAUUAAAGGUGUAGGUGAAAAUUAAAAAACUACGAAUUGAAAUUAAAUUAAAAAAUCUCCGUUAAACUUAUUGAGAAAAUAAAUAACGCAAUACCCUUUGUUGAAGAAGGAAACUAGCUGAGUUAUAGUUCUUAUAAGUGCAUCAAAUAAAAUAAACCCAACCCAAAGCAAAGAGGUCAGCAGAAAAAGGAGAAAAGAAAGCAGUAACGCCAACGUCGACGAAGUCAAGUGCAAGAAGUAAGAGCAAAAGGAGUGCUAUUAGCAAAAUUUAAGGAAAUAAACGGAAUAAUAAACAGCAGUGCAGCAAACGUAGUAAAUUAAUCAAGUAGUUAUAAUAAUAAAUACAACUGAUAAAUAAAUCAUGUCAUCCGGCGAGUUUGGCAAUCCUCUGCGCAAAUUUAAACUUGUGUUUCUCGGCGAACAAAGUGUCGGCAAGACUUCGCUGAUCACACGCUUCAUGUACGACAGCUUCGACAACACUUAUCAGGCGACAAUUGGUAUUGAUUUUCUAUCGAAGACUAUGUACCUUGAAGAUCGAACCGUACGCCUACAACUAUGGGAUACUGCUGGACAAGAACGUUUUCGUUCACUCAUUCCUUCAUAUAUACGUGAUUCUACUGUGGCGGUCGUUGUCUACGAUAUAACAAAUACAAACUCUUUCCACCAGACAUCCAAAUGGAUUGAUGACGUUCGCACGGAACGGGGUAGUGACGUCAUUAUCAUGUUAGUGGGUAACAAGACAGAUUUAUCGGAUAAACGUCAAGUGUCCACAGAAGAAGGUGAACGUAAAGCGAAGGAACUGAAUGUUAUGUUUAUUGAAACAAGUGCGAAGGCCGGUUACAAUGUCAAGCAGCUGUUCAGACGUGUUGCGGCUGCGUUGCCUGGUAUGGAUUCUACAGAGAAUAAACCCUCAGAAGAUAUGCAAGAGGUUGUGCUGAAAGAUUCACCUAAUGAAUCCAAGGAUCCUGAAGGCGGUUGUGCCUGCUGAAGAAUCAACGAAUGUAGUGAACGAUCUAAAGAUAACUUAAUUACAAUUAUAUAUAAAUAAAGCAGUGGAAGCGAAUGCAGAACGAUAAUAUAAAAAGUAUGUUGAUGACGAUGUUGUAGACAAGUAUAAAAAGGCUUAAUAGGAGGGACACAAUUUUAUGUUUAAGUUUAUUUAUAACGUAAAUAAAACUAAAAUCGAUUAACUGAAGCAUCAACUGAUGUUUGCGAUAAAUUGUAGGCGCAUUAAAGCAUUUAAUAUGUACACGUAUGUAUGAGCAAAUAUGAUAUCAUUAUUAAAAAAAAACUAGUACUGAAAUAUUUUUGAAGUAAAAACGUUGAAAAAAUGCUGAUGUUGUCAAGCAUGUUAUAGCUGCUAAUUACAUAGCACGGCUGGUAGUUGGUGGGAUCAGCAGGCAGUCAGCUAACACAUAUGGUUCACCAUGUUACCAGGAACCAUGUUUAAAAAAAUUAAAAUAAAGUAUGCAUUAUACAUUAUACAAUAUGCAAUGUAGCUUAAGCACAUAUUUUUGGAAAAGAUAAUUAACAUACUUGCCUAACAAUUUCUUUAGCUGUAGCUGUAGCAUAUAGGCAAAGAGUUAUGUAUGAGAAAACAGAUAUGUGCACUUUUUAUUUAAAAUGAACUUUAUUAUGCUGUGUUGCUGUAUUAAAAAAAAAGUUAGCUAUAAAAGAAAUUACCUUUUCGUCAAUAAGCAUAUAUUUAUUUCUUUUUAUUGUAUUUUGCAUUAUUCUUAUGAAUGUAUAAAUUUCAGCACUGUGAACGCUAUAAAAUGAAAUGUGCACAAAUACAAUCCAAUAACGAAAAUCUAAUUAAAAAUACCUGUCGUUGAGAAUAAAUAAGUUGAGGAGAUAAAACACUAUA